AUGUCCUAUCAUUCUCCUCACCUCAACACCUCGGAAAAGUUCCCUAAUACCGACCCCGUGAGUUCCAUGGAGGAAGAUUGCUUUGAUCGCCUUCCUGAUGCUCUUCUCCUCGUUAUCUUCAACAAAGUAGGUGAUGCUAAAUCUCUCACUCGAUGCAUCUCAGUCUCCAAGCGCUUCGCUUCGCUUGUCUUCGAAGCCGACACAGUAUUUCUUUCCAUCCCUCCUCGCAAACACAACCCAAAAGCAGACAGCAGAUCAUUAAGAAGAAAUCUUUUCAAGAUUCUUAUUAGUACGUUGAUAGCCAAACCACUCCAUUUCUUUCAUCGUUUCAUUGCUGACAGGUCAGAUACAGACCGGAAAACUGUUUCUUUUUAUUCACCUAAAGAAGUCUUGAAGCACUUCCAACAAGCUAAAACUAUGCACAUGGAGCUUCCUUCUGAUGGUGGCAUGACAGGAUUGGAGGGAAAUGAUUCAUUGAUAAAAUGGAAAGCCAGGUUUGGUAGCGAGAUAAAGAAUUUUGUUAUUCUUAGUGCUACAUCUUUUCAGAAAAGAAUGCAACCUUUAUCAUCAGACGACUUUUCUGAAAACAACGGAGAAGUCUUAACUGAUGGUCAAAUGAAGUUACAAAUUGUACGGACAAUUUAUUGCCUGCUUGCUGCUUCAGCAAGGCAUUAUUUGAUGAAGCAGGUUUUGGAAGAACAUCACGCACUUGAAAAUAUCAUAGCAAGUGAUGUAUGCAGGCAAGGGAGGGUUUGUAUGGGAAAAGAUGAGGUCGCCGAGAUAAGAAAUUCAAUGAAAUCAAUGGUGGCAAGUACAGAUUCAUCUUUGGAGAGGACCCGAGUGCCUGAUUUGAGCAUGAAGUUGUGGUAUGUGCCCGUGCUCGAGUUGCCAGAAAAUGGGUACAUAAUGAGAGGAGCCACACUAGCUGUGCUUAGGCCGAAUGAUGAUGGGCAGAUUGGAAAUGGCAGCAAGUCUGAUUUGUUUGGUUUUGAUGGGGAAGCAUGUGAAAAGAAGGCAUUUAAUGAAGCUGUGAGAGAGAUGGUGAAGAUGAAGAAGAGCUAUCUAAUGACAAUGGAUUCCUUUUGA